AUGACCAAACCCGUCCCAAGUAGUAGUAGCAGGAGGAUUCUCAAGGAUGCAAAUGGCGACAUCAGCGACCAUCUCCGCAACCACAUCCACUUGACCAACUGCAUCCACCUCAAGAACCACAUGCACAAGCAGAGCCCCAUACUCAACGACAGGUCCCUAAUGAGAGACCUCAUUGCGCUCCAGAGGUCCCGUUCGCUUCGCGACCCUUCUGCUAGCCCUCCUUUGUCGUGGCAGUCGCCCUCGGUUGUCGAUCUGCUGCCCAAGAAAGGUGAUCAUGACGAGGAGGAUAGUAAUCUCCAUAUACAAGAGGGCAGAAGGUCUUCUGUUGGUAGAAGAGAGAGCAGCAGCAGGAGGCUGUCUGGUGGCUCACCUCAAUUUUCCAGUCAUCAACCGUCGAAGGUUGUUCCUGUAAGUGAUCGUUGUAGUAAGAGCGGGAUGAUGGAGGGUAGUGGGAGAGUUAGGAGGGAAGAAUCUAGUACUAGAAAGAGUGGUAGUAGAGCUGAUGCUGUGAAUGGUUUAUUGUUUCAUGAUACGGUUCCUGUUAGUUCAGGAUCUAGAGAUGGGGGAAGUAGGCAGCAGAAGUCCAAAAAUAGUGUGGAUGAUGAACAUAUCAAGACUCUUUCUCAGCAGCUGAAGGAGGUUGCUGCUAUUGAUAGUGAUGUAGCAGCAUCUUCUUCCAACAUUCAUCAUAAUGGCAGACUUAGUGGAGCUAAUCGGGUAAAGCGGCGUAAGUUUAGGGCUGCCAGGGGAAGAGGAAGUCGUGGUCCACCGUCUAGAGACACUGUAGGAGGUCAUCAUCAAAAAGAAAUGUCUGCUGCUGCUUCUAAUUCACUACAAGCUCAAGAAAGAGAAGAAUAUGGAGAUCAGAAUGUCACACAUGGUCCAAGAAAUGGAUGUGGUAUUCCAUGGAAUUGGUCAAGGAUUCAUGAUAGGGGAAAAACAUUUCUCGACAGGGCUGGAAAGAGUCUGGCUUGUGGUCGGUCCGAGUCAAGGUUGAGGCAAGGCUCUCAAGAGAGGGAUAUGCCAAUGGCAUCUGGUCAAUCAAGUUCAGCGGCUUCUAGGUCAGGUUCCGAGGCACUGCCUCUAUUGGCCGAACCCUCUGCUGGUUCGAGUGACAACAAUGCUGGUUGGAUACAUGACUAUUCUGGUGAGCUUGGUCUAUAUGCUGAUAAUUUGCUGAGAAAUGAUCUUGAUUCUGAUCUUGCCUCUGAAGCUAGAUCGGGUGAUCGUCAAGGCAAUCAUCAGGGUCGGAAUCACAACCGAAGGCAUCAGAAUCUGACCCAGAAGUACACACCUAGAAGCUUUAGAGACCUUGUAGGACAAAAUCUGGUCUCGCAGGCUCUUGCUAAUGCAGUCUUGAAAAGGAAGGUUGGACUUCUAUAUGUAUUUUAUGGACCUCAUGGCACUGGCAAGACUUCUUGUGCCCGAAUCUUUGCUAGGGCUCUAAAUUGUCAGUCGAUGGAACGCCCCAAGCCUUGUGGACACUGUAACUCUUGCGCUGCACAUGACAUGGGCAAGAACAAGAAUAUUAGAGAAGUUGGUCCUAAUUUUGACUUUGAAAGCUUCGUCGAUCUUCUUGAGAAUAUGAUAAUUUCCCAGUUGCCAUCUCAGUACAGGGUUUUCAUCUUUGAUGAUUGUGAUACUUUGUCACCCGAGUGCUGGAGUGCGAUAUCAAAGGUUGUCGAUCGAGCUCCGAGGCGUGUGGUUUUCAUCCUUGUUAGUUCGAGUCUUGAUGUUUUGCCUCAUAUCAUUAUAUCGAGGUGCCAGAAGUUCUUCUUCCCAAAGUUGAAGGAUGCAGACAUUAUCCAUUCUUUACAAUGGAUCGCUUCCAGAGAAGAUAUAGACAUUGAUAAGGAUGCUUUGAAACUGAUUGCCUCCCGGUCCGAUGGAUCGCUGAGAGAUGCUGAGAUGACCCUCGAGCAACUUAGUCUGCUCGGGCAGAAGGUCUCUGUGCCUCUAGUUCAGGAGCUGGUUGGGCUAAUAUCGGAUGAAAAAUUGGUGGAUCUUCUUGACCUGGCAUUAUCUGCUGACACAGUAAACACUGUGAAGAACUUAAGGGUCAUAAUGGAGACAGGCGUAGAGCCUUUAGCUUUAAUGUCGCAGCUUGCUACUGUUAUCACUGAUAUAUUAGCAGGAACAUAUGAUUUCACAAGAGAGAGGCACAGGCGGAAGUUUUUCAAGCGACAACCAAUGUCGAAGGAAGAAAUGGAGAAACUUCGACAAGCAUUGAAAACAUUAUCCGAGGCUGAAAAGCAACUUAGGAUGUCUAAUGACAAACUGACAUGGCUAACAGCAGCACUGCUUCAACUUGCACCUGAUCAGCAAUACCUGUUGCCUAGUUCUUCAACAGAGCCCAGUUUCAAUCACAGCCCUCUGCCCGACGGAAGGGAUACGACCACCAGAACGGUUGUUGGACAGCACGCAGGGGCGGUGCCCCACAAUGCGAGAAACCUGCCUUCACAACAUCCUACUAGAUUAGAAAAAGAUCUCCCUGGUAGAACUUCCAUUGAUCAGCACGGGAACAGAUUGAAAAAUGGCGCCAACAUGGAUAUGAGAAGGCAGAUCCCAGGGAAAAGUCACGUGGGAUAUGAAGAAAUUUGGAUUGAGGUGCUUGAGAACAUUCAGAUCAAGGGUAUAAGGGACUUCUUGUACCAUGAAGGGACACUGAUUUCUGUAAGCUUCGGUGCAGCUCCAACCGUGCAGCUGGUGUUCAGCUCACAGCUGACAAAAUCAAAGGCAGAGAAGUUCAGCACAUACAUUCUACAAGCAUUUGAAUCGGUUCUCGGUUCACCAGUGACGAUCGAAAUCAGAACAGAACCAUGCAAAAGCGGUAGGCCCCACACGCCACUCGUGUUACCCACCACCAAGAAUGGUUCGUCAACUUCACAGGUGGUAGUAGCUAGAGAUGGCAGGAGAACGGCUUCGAGGCCAGAAGAACAGUUUAGCAAUGCAGGGAGAGACGACGAGAUCGUUGAAGUGCUACCUUCCCCUAAACAUGCAGAUUUACAACAGCAUAAGCCAGCUGUUCCACGUAGAGUAGGGGAACUAAGUCAGAGUAGAAGCCUUGUGAGAAGCAAGGUCUCCUUGGCUCAUGUGAUUCAGCAGCAGGUGGAAGGAUGUAAUCAGCCGAAUGCAUGGUCGAGACGCAAAGCAGUUUCUAUAGCUGAAAAACUUGAACAAGAAAAUUUGAGGCUGGAGGCCCGAUCGAGAAGCAUGCUCUGCUGGAAAGCAACGAAAGUGACGCGUAGGAAGCUAUCUCGUUUGAAGGUCAGGGGAAGACGACCGCAGUCAUUGCUGAAGUUGAUCAGCUGUGGAAAAUGUCUCUCCAGUAAACCCAGAUCACCCACCUAGAACUACAAAUUUGGUUUCAUUUCUUCUUAAUAGUAACGUUAAUGUAAAUUGUAAUCCAAUUUUUUAUUUCUCCCACCACAAAUUCCAUUUGGUUAGGUUACCCAAUUUAGCCUCUUGUCUACAAAUUUCAUCCUUGAAUAAAAUGCAUAAUCAAAGCUUUUAGGAAA